GUGAGCAGGUACCCAUCACAGACCCAUCAUCAUGCUCGUCCCCUGAAUUGACCAACGCCGCUACGGCUGGUACGACCAACAUCUACGACGACAUGAGUGCGCCGACAGGAAAGAUUGGUGGCGAAUAUGGGCCCGUACGGGCGAAUAUCGACGUGGAGAGGCUAGAGUCGUACUUGGCGGCGCAUGUGAAGGCCAUCAGGACGCCGGUGGACGUCAAGCAGUUCAAGUUUGGGCAGUCGAAUCCGACGUACUUCCUGACUGAUGCGACUUCGAAGCGAUUUGUGCUGCGGAAGAAACCAGCAGGUCAGCUCGUCUCCUCGACCGCGCACCAGAUCGAGCGAGAGUACACCAUGCUGCGAGCACUUCACAAGCACAACACGAACCCGUCGACAUCCCCUGAGCAGAGAGUGCCCAUCCCAGAGCCUAUUAUCCUCUGUGAAGACGUACAGAUCAUCGGGACGCCGUUCUACGUCAUGGAAUUCCUCGAUGGGCGGAUAUUCACGGACGUGAGGAUGCCGGAGGUCUCACCGCAGACGAGGUGGGAAUGCUGGUUGUCUGCUGUCCGCGCCCUCGCUGCUCUCUCCUCCCUCUCCCCCGCCGACCUCGGACUCUCCUCCUUCGGCCCCUCCUCCGCGUACUUCCCGCGGCAAAUCAAGUCGCUCAGCCGCGUCUCCGCCGCGCAGGCCGCCGUGACGGACGUCGACACGCACAAGCCCGUCGGCGAGAUCCCGCACUUCGGCGAGCUGAUCGCGUGGUACCAGCAGAACCUGCCCGACGAGCGCAAGACCGGCCUGCGGGUCGCCCACGGGGAUUACAAGCUCGACAACCUCGUCUUUCACCCGACGGAGAACCGGGUGAUCGGGAUCCUUGACUGGGAGCUGUGCACGCUGGGCAGUCCGCUGGCCGACCUCGCGAACUUGACGCAGCCGUGGGCCGUGGACCCUGCGCUGCUUCCGGCCAGCGAGAGUGCGCUGAUCGGCUUCAAGAACGUUAACGACGGGCCUAUCUCUCUCGAAGUCUUGGAACGGGAGUACUGCCGACUCGCGGCGCAGCCAUAUCCCAUCAAGGAGAUGGUGUUUGCGCGAAGCUGGAUGUUGUUCCGGCUCGCGGUCAUCACCCAAGGCAUCGCGGCGCGUUUUGCACGUCGCCAGGCGAGCUCCGAGAAGGCCCACUUAUACGCAUCCGUGUUCCCGCUCAUCGGACACUUGGCGUGGCUAGCCACACAGGAAGGUCCAACUUCGCGAUUAUGAAGCGCGUACCAUGUUAUUCUGUAUCCAAGUUGGGCAGUACAGUCUGGUCACGCGCUUUGUUGUACUUACAUCGCUUGGCGUAUCUGCCCUCCGCCAAUUCCACCUUUCUAGGCGCUCCAAAGAUACAUUGCAUGCCGAGCCUUUUCCACUGGUGUGACCUUGAAUGAGUACGUCCAGUCGGGCUGAUUCGAUUCACGAUAUGCGGUGUAUACCCUGCUGCGAUUCUGUGGUCAGCCUUUGUCUGCGUCACUGUAUGC